AUGGCUACAGCUACAUCGCCUCGUCGUGAAACGAACGCACGAUUGCGCCAAACUGGACCCUUAGAAACGGAUGGUUUUACUGUAAAAUCUCUUCUAAAAAAUGCAAAAGUUAAUGCUCCACCAUCAGCUGAAGCAACACGUAUUCGUAAUAGCAAACCAACAGCUUUUCGUAAAUUUUAUGAACGUGGUGACUUUCCAAUAGCACUUGAACAUGAUACAAAAGGAAAUAAAAUUGCUUGGAAGGUGGAAAUUGAAAAACUUGAUUAUCAUCAUUAUUUACCUUUAUUUUUUGAUGGUCUUUGUGAAACUGAACAUCCAUAUGAUUUUUUUGCUCGUCAAGGUAUUCAUGAUAUGCUUGAACAUGGUGGAAAUAAAAUUUUACCUGUUAUUCCACAACUUAUUGUACCAAUAAAAAAUGCAUUAAAUACACGAAAUCAUAAGGUUAUAUGCACAACAUUAAAAAUUCUUCAACAAUUAGUUAUGUCAGCUGAUAUGAUUGGUGAAGCACUUGUACCUUAUUAUCGUCAAAUUUUACCAAUUUUUAAUCUUUUUAAAAACUGGAAUUCAAACUUGGGUGAUGGGAUUGAAUAUGGACAACAACGACGUGAAAAUAUAGGAGAUUUAAUAAAUGAAACACUUGAAGCCUUUGAACGAAAUGGUGGUGAAGAUGCAUUCAUAAAUAUCAAAUAUAUGAUACCUACCUAUGAAUCCGUUAUGCUCAAUUAA